AUGUCAAGCAAGCGUAACUAUCGCAAAAAAAGCAAACCCGAAAACGGGCAAGAAAAUGAAAAUACAGACACUUCUCAUAUAGUGGAAAACGACAAUGUCUCAGAUGAAGUGAGCAAUGACCUAGAUCUAUUAAUAAUGUUCUCGAUUUAUAGUGAAACAAUAGAAGAACUUAUCGAACUUCGCAAAUUUCGUCGAAGACAUCAGGGCAUAGAUGCGGAAAAGCUAUUAAAGGGUGAAGCCAGAUCUAAAAAGAAAAAGAAGGAUGAAGAUCCGUGGAAAUUGACUACUGGUGGAAUCGUUGAUUUAGAAGCUGUAAGAGAGGCUGAGAGGAUGGCAUAUAUAGAAGAAGAAAUGCGUAAACGGAGAGGACAAAUUUCUGAUUUGAAAAAUGAUGUAGAGGACGCUGAACAUGCAGAUCCCUUAAAUCCUCAAGAUGAGCUAUUCCAAGCCCCCGAUCAUUUACGAAUCGAAAGCAAACCGAUAUCGGAAGGAAACGUUCAAUUAUCAACCACUAUGCUUACCGCUAUACCUGAAGUCGAUCUUGGAAUAGAUGAUCAUGAACGAAAUCAGCAAGAAACGCUAAAUCAACCUUCUCAUUAUAAACCCGGGCAGCGCAGAGAAAUGGCUACGGAUGAUAUAGUUGCUGAAAGGUUUAAAAAACGUUUACGCAGAUAA